AUGAUGCUGAACAGGGAGGGGAACGGCGUCGACCAUCCGGGCCUGAGCGAUCGUUUCUACACUGGAGCCGGUGUUUCGCUGCGAUGUAUGGCGACGGAAUUCGGCGGUUAUUCCGCCGUGCACCCAAUUACGGACACAAUCCGGGGGCACAUUUCUGUGUUUUUACUGUGGUUCCGCAAAUUCCGCGGCGCCGCCGACGAGCUCAUCGUCGACCCAAAAUCGAACAACCGAAUUUCCGAGUUGGCCAGCGCCAAU